CUUUACAAACCAGAAAAAAUUAAUCCCUUGGAUCUAAUCUCAGCUAUUUUAACUCUAUUUUAUUUUUUUGUAAUUUUUCCUUAUUAAUUUUUUUUUUCAUUAUUUUAUAUUUCAUCAAUGUCAGUGCUUACUGAUUGGUUACCCAUAAACUGUACCAAAAGUACACAACUUUAGCAUCAUAAAUUAGAGUUUUCUGUGAUCAUCAAAUCAUUGAAAAAAAAAACACUGAUUCCCAGAUGAACAUUUUGAUUAUUUUCACUCUCUAUCUUCUCAAAUUUGCCAAAAUAAAAUCUGGGUUUUUGCACAAACUUGUAAAUUAGACUAAUUUUUUCUGGGUUUUCUAAAAAAAUUACUAGAGUUGCUUAAUUUUCACUUCAUCUAACUAAUACCCUUUCUACUUUUGAAUUUAUUCUGGGAAUGAGUGUUCUUUCGGCAUUGAUUCUACACCCUGUACUUCUGCAAUCUUUUUCUCUCUCCUCCCUCUGAUAUCUGAAAUUUCUGGUUCUGUUUUCUUCUGUUAGUACAAUACAGUAUAGUAACAUAGAUUUUGCUUAUGUUUCACUUCACAAAAUAACUGUGUUUUUCUGCUUAUAUCAGUUGGCAACAAACUUUUACCAGUUUUUUCUGAGGUUUUCCUAAUUUUUUCUUAGAUUUGACAUUGAAUUUUGACAAUAAUGCCAAGUUUUCAUCUUUAUUAAGUUGUAUAGAUUUGUUUUGUUUAUUUGUAGUUUGGAGUUUGAAGGAUUUUCUGUGAGUUUUUUUGUGGCGUUUUAAUUGAGGAAAUGUUGAUUUCUAGUGUUAAUGAACAGAUCUCAUUUCCCUUUGAAAAUGGAAUUGAGGUAAUGAAAUACUCAGAUGCUACAAAUGGAAUCUGUGUAAUUCAAGAUUUUACCAGCAUUUAUACUCAUACAGAUGUGGUCCCUGAGCACACACCAAGUGAUCUCAGUUCAUUAAUGUCCAAUUUAGAAGAAGAGAUUAUGGGAUUAAGGUCUAAGCAAAAGUCUUUAGAUGAAAAGAGAAGAGGGUUGUUGAAUAAGAUAUUGGACAUUAAAGGAAGUAUACGAGUAUUUUGUCGAAUUCAACCUUCAUUGUGGAGCAAUAUCAGAAAGAAUGAUGAUCCUGUUGUGGUUGAUUUGGAUAAAGUUGUUGUCAAAUCAGCUGGAAUCAAGAAAGGGUUUGAAUUUGAUAAGGUGUUUUGUCAAAGUUCAACACAAGAAGAUGUAUUUGUUGAGGUUGAACCAAUUCUCAGAUCUGCAAUCGAUGGGCACAAUGUAUGUAUAUUUGCUUAUGGUCAAACUGGCACUGGCAAGACCUUUACAAUGGAAGGAACAAAAGAAGAACCUGGCAUUGUUCCCAGAGCUCUUAAAGAGCUCUUUCACCAAGCCUCUCUGCAAUCUACUGCUUCUGUUACUUUCUCUAUGAGCAUGUUGGAAGUUUACAUGGGAAACUUAAAGGAUUUAUUGGCUCCGAAACCAACUCGUAGAGUAUAUGAGCCAAUAUCACGAUGCAACCUGAACGUUCAAGUUGAUGCAAAAGGAGUAGUUGAAAUUGAAGGUCUAACAGAAGUGCCCAUCUCAGAUUUCUCAAAGGCUAGUUGGUGGUACACUAAGGGAAGACGUGCCCGUGCAACUUCGUCCACUAAUGUGAAUGAUGUUUCUAGCAGAUCGCAUUGCUUAACGAGGAUCACCAUUGCUCAUCAUGGAGAUGCAAUGCAAGGUCAAACUCAAACUAGCAAGUUGUGGAUGGUUGAUCUUGGAGGGAGUGAACGGUUGCUGAAAACUGGAGCUACUGGCCUAACAUUGGAUGAAGGACGGGCCAUAAAUCUCUCACUUUCGGCUCUUGGUGACGUCAUUGCUUCCCUCAGAAGAAGACGAAAUCAUGUUCCCUACAGAAACAGCAAACUUACCCAAAUUUUAAGAGAUUCACUUGGAAACGAAUCUAAGGUAUUGAUGCUUGUGCAUAUAAGCCCUGUUGAAGAAGAUCUAGGGGAGACCAUUUGUUCUAUGAGUUUUGCCAAAAGGGCGAGAGGCAUAGAUUCAAACCACGAAUUGCCUCAGGAAAUAAAGAAAUUAAGACAAAAGAAAAUCGGCGAGCUUUAUGAUGAAAUGAAAGAAAUUGAAGAAGAGUAUCAGAAAGUGAGGAAUCAGUUGCAGAAGGCCGAAAUCCUUCUCAGUGAGAAUAAUCGGCUUUAUUCAGCUACCAGUAACAACACAGAAGAAGAAAACAUUCCAGAAAACACCAAAAAGGAUGUCAAGGAAGUUGUAGAUACCCCUUGUAAUACUGAAAAACCAACCAAGAGAAACUCAUUGCCACAUUUUAUGAUCUCCACUGCUGCCAGCCGUCUGAGGCAGAGUGCUGCUGAAAGACAAAAUCACUUUACAGCAAGAGUUUUGAGAUCCGGGACUAGAAGCUCUAUGCAAAUGUCAGCUUCACAGUCCCUGAGUUUUCUUGAGCCUCGUCUUAAAGCAGUUCUAAGAAAAGGGAAUAAAAAUGACCAUGAAAAACCGGUGAAGAAUGCUGUAACUGAGACUCAAAACUGCAAUAAUGUGGAACCCAAAUCUUCCUCCUUGUCACGUAACAAAUCAGCGACUCCUUCACUUAUGAACAGCAGACCUUCGUUCCCUCGGCACAGGAGAAGAAUGUCUGAUUUUAACUAAUCCAAUCUGAAAUCCCUGUUUGGUUAUUUGCAAUAGUAUUCCGAUUACUGAGUGAUCAUUCUCUGAUCCUUCCUAGAAGAUUUGCUCGGGAAGUCAGUGUUGCUGUGGGUUUUGUUGCAGGACUUGUUGGUUUUGUUAGCUUUCUUUUAUUAUUCUUAGCUGUAAUUAACAGCUUAGAUAUCCAACUAUGAGUUGCAUGUGAGUGGGAUUGAUAAAUAUUUGAGAUUGGAAGGCUACCUUUUUUUAUGUAGCCAAAGUGUGAUGGAGGAAAAGAGUAUAGAUCUGUGUGUUGGGUUUUUGUUUUGACUGUUUCUAUGUAACUAAAUAUAGCCUGAAACUUGUAGAAUUUUGACUGAAAUAUAUAAAAGAGCAAGGUCUUGCUUCUUUUUGUGGUGGAUCUUGUUGGAUUUGUUGGCCA